AUGGUCAGCGCUCGGGCUCUCCUCCUCGCGGCCACCUGUUGCUGCGCAUACCUGUGGCUCGCGCACGCAGAAGACUCCUCAAUGGAGACGCGCUCGUUGGAUUUUCCCCUGAAAAGCCAGCAGGAGAAAGAGCUGAUCGACGCGUUGCAGGAAGUUUUGGAGAAGCUGAGGAGCAAAGAGAUGCCCUUAGAGAAAAAACUUGGCUGGCUGCCUUCGUGUGACGCCGGGGAGCCGUGCGCCGUGCGUAAAGGCGCGCGUAUUGGCACGCUGUGCAGCUGUCCCCGGGGUACUUCCUGCAACUUUUAUGUUCUCAAAUGUUUGUGA